AUGCAUUCGCUCCUGGGCCGGGAGAAGAAAGAAGAAGAAGCCGGGUUCGGGAUCGAUCGAUCGGGUCUGUCUCCGGGCUUCGCGCCCCACGCCGCCACCAUGUUCAGCUGCGUGGGCUGCUUCUGGGUGCUCCUCUCCUCCGCUCUGGUCGCCGUGUGCAGCUUCAGCUUCAUAUCUCCUGCGUGGAUUGUGAAGGAGCAGCUGAGGAGCAGCCUCCACCAGCACCAGCAGCCCCAGCACCACAGCAAGGACUCCGUGAGCUUCGGCUUGUUGUGGCACUGCUCCGAGUCCCUGGACCACAUGUACCGGUGCUACACCUUCGGGGGACUGGGCAAAUUCGCAGAGAUCCCCUCCAGCUCCUGGCAGACCAGUGCAGUGCUGUGUUCAGGCGGCUGUGCUCUGCUGGCUGUCAGCUCCCUGUUGGCCAUCAUCACCAUCUUCCUGCCCAGUGGAGGAUGUGAGAGGAGGAUCUGCACCCUGGCUGGUUACAUGCAGAUGGCUUCAGUGUUCAUCAUGGCUGCCGGACUGCUGGUCUACCCCUUCGGCCUGAACUCUUCUCUGGUCAGGUCCUUCUGCGGGGACUCCGAGAUCUACUACGCCGGCGAGUGCCAGAUCGGCUGGGGCUACAUGCUGGCAAUUGUCGGAGUCAUGCUCACCCUUUUCCUGCCCUUUUUUGCCAAAUAUGCACCGAAGGAGCAGCUGUCCCCCACCCCUUUGCCCACGCUGUUAUAGUGCAUGGAAAUGAAGUCUUGUGGUUUCUUUAUACCCUCCUGACGACACUCUCUGACCUGGACGUGAU